UUUCUCUUUUUCCAUUAUUUUGCCUUCCGACAAAAGCAUUAUGGAUAAGAAACACUGCCUAUAAAGAGGAAGUAUAUGUAAAAACUCACGCUGCGCUGCGAUAGUUUUGUGAAUCGACCCGGAUCAAUUGAAUUAGUUGAAAUCCAUUGGACUUUCGGAUAUCAGAGAAUAGAAGAUAACUAUAAUGGAGAAAAUGAAGAAUUCACCGGAAAAAGAUCAGAGGCACUUUGUGUUGGUCCAUGGAGCCGGCCACGGGGCCUGGUGCUGGUACAAGGUCGCUGCUCUCCUUCAGUCCGCCGGCCACGCGGUCACCGCUCUCGACCUUGGAGCUUCCGGGAUACACCCCAAACAGGUGGGGGAGCUCAGGUCAAUUAUGGACUACGUGGAGCCGUUGUUCGAGUUCAUGGGGGCGCUUCCGUCUGGGGAAAGGGUGGUUCUGGUGGGCCACAGCAUGGGAGGAGCUGCCGUGGCUAUGGCCAUGGAGAGGUUUCCGGAGAAGAUAGCCGUGGCUGUUUUUGCAGCGGCUAUGAUGCCCGGCCCUGACCUCAGUUACGUGGAUCUUAGCAAGGAGUAUGCCCGUAGGAAGGAUUCGGAUAAGAACACGAAGUACACAUUCAACGAUGGGCCAGACAAACCACCAACCUCCUUCAUGAGCAGUUACGACCGGUUGAAAUCGAAACUGUAUCAACUCUCACCUCCUGAGGAUUUGAUGCUGGCAUGCUACUUGUUGAGACCCAUUCGGUUAUAUCAUGACGAAUCAGUGCUGCGGGAGCAGACAGCAGUCACCAAGGAAAGAUAUGGAUCGGUCCCGCGAGUUUACAUCGUGAGCGAUCAGGAUUAUGCGAUCCCCGAGGAAAUGCAGCGAUGGAUGAUCAAGGAAAAUCUGCCGGAUGAGGUGAAGGUGAUAUCGGGUUCGGAUCACAUGGUCAUGUUCUCUAAGCCACUGGACUUGUGUUCUCAUCUCCAAGAGAUUGCAAAAAGUUACUUUUGAGGACAUCCUAUGAGAAUUUUUCGUGUAAAACUUUUGGUCAUAAUCUCCUCGUGACAUUUUGUAAAGUUGGAAAUAAUAAGGAUUAUGCAGAAAUUUGCUUCAGCGAUUGAUGAAUAAAAUCAAAGUAUUGGAUUCGUACUGGAA